AUGGCUAACAGCGCGAAGAAAGCCUCCAAUGGCGUCCAACAGAAUGCGUCGUCGUCGGAAGAAGUGACUGUUGCUUUGGCCAGAUUUGUUGCAUCGUUCUCACAAGACGCUGUUACCCCAGAGAUUGUAACCAAGCUCAAGGCAUUGCUGCUCGACUAUCUCGGAGUUUCUGCAUCUGCGGGCGCCUUUGCCGAAUCCAGUCCCAAGUUUUUGGCAGGAAUCGCAAAGUUCUCGCAAGGUGCCACAGGCAGCUGCACUGUUUUGACCAAGGGCUCGACGUUUCUGCCUCAGUAUGCAGCACUUCUGAACGGAGCUUGGUGUCAUACGUAUGAUUUUGACGAUACAACAUCCGAAGCGAUCCUCCAUCCAGGGUGUAGCCUGAUCUCCGCUGCUUUGGCCGAGGCCGAAAACCUCAACGCAACUGGAGCUGACCUCCUCGUGGCUCUGGCGGUGGGCUAUGAAGUUGCCUGUCGCAUAGGAACCGCCCUCGGACUAGGUUCAUACCGCAGAGGAUUCCACAAUACAGGCACGGUCGGUCUGUAUGGAUCAAUCGCAGCCAUCAGCAAGCUCCGAGGGUCUUCUCAGCAGACUGUCGAAGAUGCAUUCGGUCUCGCGCUCUCCAAAGCCGCUGGAUCCAUGCAAUUCUUGGAAAAUGGCAGCUGGAACAAACGUCUUCAUCCUGGAUUUGCAGCUCACGAUGCGCUCCUCUGCAUCAGCUUGGCCGAGGCUGGAGUUAUCGGCGCCACCAAGGCGAUUGAAGGUAAAUACGGGCUUCUUCACUGUUACUCCGAGUCGGGCAACCCUAUCAAUUUGACUCGUGACCUAGGAAAGAGGUGGAGUUUCCUCACAACGGCAUGUAAGCCAUUCCCAGCAUGCAGAAUGACCCACGGCCAGCUAGAAAUGGUUGGGAAAAUGCGCAAAGCCUAUGCAGCUCAUGGACCGCCGGAGCAGGUGACAGUUUUUCUUCCUCCAGGAUGUUUCCCUAUUGUUGGGACUCCAGCUCCAAACAAGAUCGAGCCAGAUUGCAUCGUCGACGCUCAAUUUAGCUCGUACUAUCAAGUCGCUGCUUCGUGGCUGUACGGCAAUGACCUUGGCUGGGCGAUAUACGACAAGAUUCGAGACGAGAAGGUCCGCGAACUUGCCCGCAAAGUCACUUGCAAGAUUGAUGAGUCAUAUUGCAGCCUCGAGUCUCGACUGAAGGUGGUAUUCGGGGAUGGAACUAUCGUCGAGGAUGAAGUAAUCUUUCCCCUUGCAGAGCCCCAGCGUCCAUUUGAAUGGGACACCGGUGUUCAGCAGAAGUUCAAAGGUCUCGCAGAGCCUGUUUAUGGGGCGACAAAGUCCCAACAAAUCUGUGACUUGGUUGGCCGGAUUGAUGAGGUCGCUGUAGUCGAUUUGAUGAAGCUGGUUGCCUAG